UUAUAGGAGAGAUGAACGUCAGUCAAAAAGCAGAAGAAAUAAAGAUAAAUAUCUUUCUAUUGAAAAGCGUACUAACUAUAACCCAUGGUAUUGGCAUAAGCUUUCAUUGCCUGACUCCUCAGAAUCAGAUAGGAAAUAUAAAAAAUCACCUAAAACUACUGAACAAAGAAAAAACAAUAAAGAGAAAGCGGUAGAAAAAGAUGUUGAAAUUCUUGAUAUGUUCAAAGAGUUCGUAAAAACUAAAAUGAAAAAACCGGAAUCAGAAGAUAUUCCUCCUCUACGCUUACCUGAAAUAACUUAG